AUGAGUACUUUAUCUUGGAACUGUCGCGGACUUGGCAAUUCACAGACAGUUCAGGAAGUUAUGGCUUUAGAAGCCAAAAAUAAGCCAACUUUUAUUUUUCUUAUGGAAACGAAAGUUAGAAGACAACCUGCUGAGAGUUUGAAAUUGAAGUUGCAUUUUGAUGGUUUGUUUUAUGUGGAUGGAGGUGGUUUGAGUGGAGGAUUGGCUCUAUUCUGGAAGGAUAGAGCUUCCACUGAAAAACGGGGAAUUCACAAUCACCCUUCUCAUCUCAUGACUAGUUUUAACAAUGUUCUAGAUGAUUGCCACCUAUUUGAUCUUGGAAUGAAAGGUCGACCCUUCACUUGGGAGAAAAGUAAAGGUACUAUCAAUUGGGUAGAAGAGCGUCUUGAUAGAGCUGUUGCAGGUUGCGGGGAAAUUGUAAAUGAAGCUUGGGAAAACUCUGUUGGAGAGACCAUUCCCAGUCGGCUAGACUACUGUGGUGAGCAAUUAAGAAGAUGGGGUGGUGACUUGGGAAAACGCCUCACUCGGGAGAUUGAAACUACACAAAAGCGCAUCAAUUUGCUUAGGGGUCGUACAGACCACUCAUCUCUGGCCAUGGUUCGAGAACUGGAUAAUAAAAUGCGCCAACUUUAUAGCCAACAAAAUAUCUUUUGGCGUCAACGUGCCAAACAGUAUUGGUUGACGCAAGGGGAUCGAAAUACAAAAUUUUUCCACUGUUAUGCGACUUCCCGAAAGAAAAAGAACACUGUUGUGCGAUUGAAAAAUGAGGCCGGUAUUUGGACAGAAGGUACAUCUCUACUACUGUUGGCUAAGGAUUAUUUUUGCAAUAUUUUUCACACGGCAGGGAGUAUGCAGUCUUCCUAUAUUGAUAGGUUGCACCCUAAAAUCAGUGAUGAAGACAAUGAUAGAUUGCUACAACCAUUCACGCCUGAUGAAGUUAAAGAAGCAAUAUUUUCUAUGGCCCCGGAUAAAUCUCCGGGUCCGGACGGGUUUAAUCCGGGUUUUUUCCAACACUUUUGGGGAAGCAUUGGUAGUGAUAUUACUAAUUUUGUGUUACACUGCCUCCAUUCAAGAACGCUACCGGAGGGAAUGAAUGAUGCCUACAUUACUUUGGUCCCCAAGAAAACGCUGCCUAUGAGCAUGGGUGAUUUGAGACCAACCGCGCUCUGUAAUGUCACCUAUAAAAUCCUUGCUAAAAUGGUGGCGAAUCGGCUUAAGGUGGUACUUGAAAAAACCAUUUCUGAUUCUCAAAGCGCUUUUAUUCCGGGUCGGUUAAUAACGGAUAACGUCCUUAUUGCUUCUGAAGUCAUCCAUUACUUAAACCGGAAGAGGGAAGGCAAGACGGGAUGGUGCGCUCUAAAGCUUGACAUGGCCAAGGCCUAUGACAAGAUGGAGUGGGAUUACCUUCGUGCUAUUAUGGAAAAAUUGGGCUUUCAUACUCGAUGGAUUGAACUGAUAAUGCUUUGUGUAUCUACAGUCCGCUACAAGGUUAAUAUGAACGGGUCUCUCAUAGAUUACAUCAUUCCCACGAGAGGAUUGCGCCAAGGUGAUCCCCUCUCCCCAUACCUCUUUAUUCUUUGCGCGGAAGGUUUGUCUCAUUUGUUGUCACAAUCAGUCUAUGAUGGCCGGAUAUCCCCAUGUAUUGUGGCAAGAGGAGCCCCAGGUAUUUCUCAUCUCUUUUUUGCGGAUGACAGUCUCCUAUUUUUUAAGUCAUCGGUGCAUGAGGCGAAUGUGGUUAGGGAUUGCUUAAAGGCUUAUGAAUCUAUGUUUGGCCAAACUGUCAACUUCACUAAGUCAUGUAUUGUUUUCAGUAAAAAUGUUGACAGCCAUAACAAAAUUGCAGUAGCUUCCACCUUGGGGGUAACUCAAGCAGAUAGUAUUGGAAAAUAUUUGGGCCUUCCUUUGGGUAUUGGCAGAAACCGGAAGGAAGUCUUCUCUUUUAUAGAGGCUAAGCUUAAACAACGGUUAGGUGGGUGGUCCAAAAGGAUUUUAUCUAGAGCUGGUAAAGAAGUGUUACUGAAGAGUGUGGCUCAAUCCCUACCUACAUACACUAUGAGUCUGUAUUACCUCUCUAUCACCUUCUGUGAGCACAUUGAACGAAUGAUGAAUAAAUAUUGGUGGCUAUCAAAGUCUAGUAAUGGGGGUGGUGUGCGUUGGUUAGCUUGGAAUCGCAUGACAUUUGCAAAAUCUGAGGGUGGUCUAGGCUUUAAAAACCUCAACAAAUUUAAUAUUGCUUUACUGGCAAAGCAGGAUUUUCUAAAAGCUAAGUUGGGGUCCAAUCCUAGCUACAGUUGGCGCUCCAUUCUUGCUGGCGUAGAUGUUUUGAGGCGUGGCUGUUUUCGGCGCAUUGGUGAUGGCAGGGCAACAAAAAUCUGGCACCAUCCUUGGCUACCAGAUAAGGACCAUCCAUAUGUCCAGACUCCAAUCUCAGAUGAACUUGGUGAGGCAGUAGUUGGAUCUCUUAUUGAUCAUACUAUAGGGGAUUGGAAUUCUAACAUGCUUACUACCCUAUUCCUGCCUCGGGAUGUAGAACUCAUUAAAUCAAUACCUGUUUCGGUGGAUUUUGCAGACAAGUGGAGUUGGCGAGGAGACAUUCGAGGACUCUAUUCUGUUCGAAAUGGUUAUAGGAUGCUGAGAGAAGAUACAACGACGCCACCUACUCCAUUUACAGCCUGGAAAGCUUUAUGGAAAACAAAGCUCCCCCCAAAGGUGUUAAACUUUGCAUGGCGAUGUGCCACAAAUGUAUUACCUUCGGUUGUGUCGUUAGCUACUAGAGGUGUCGUGGUGGAUCCCUGUUGUCCCAUUUGUCUCGCCGGUCCUGAAACCAUGGAUCAUAUCUUCUUUGAGUGUUCAGAGGUAAAGGAUAUUUGGCUUGACACGUUAGACCUCUCACUACAAGCUCAAGUAAGUUUUGAAUUGUGGCUCUCCUCCCUCUUUGAACAAUCUGAUGCCGCAAAAAUCUGCAAAAGUCUAGCGAUAUGCUGGAAUGUGUGGAAAAGACGCAACGAAUGGGUUUGGAAUAGGAGGCUGUGGUCGAUGGAAAUGCUGAAGCAAUCGAUGGAUAGUUGCGUGUUGGAAUGGCAGUCGUACAGUGCAGCCUCAUCCCCCAUAAUCAGCAAUCAUACGACAUUGAGUAGCAGUUUAAAUGGUGAUAUUGGUUUCUACGGGGUUGUGGUCUUUGAUGAUGGCGGGAGAUAUGUGGCAGCCAAAAGUGGUCCUAUCCGCUGUUUGAAAGACCCCCAUCUUGCUGAAGCCAUGGCUAUCAAGGAAGCUCUAUCUUGGAUACUCUUACAAGGCUGGCGAAAGGUUAUUAUCCAUUCGGAUUGUCAGAUGGUUUGCAGGUUUAUUAAUCAUGAUCUCCCGGAUUCCUCAUAUGCAGGCAAUAUUAUCAAUCAAUGCCGGGUUCUAAAACGACACUUUGAAGCAGUGUCUAUUGAGUUUAUCUCUCGAUCAGCGAACACAUGUGCUCAUGCUUUAGCUAGAGCUGCUAAUGUUCAUUCUGGUCAUGUUACUUGGUUUUCUUCGAUUCCUCCAUGUAUUGAACAAUUUAUUGUUUAA